AUGGACCACCUGCGCGGGGUCCUCCUCCGCGUGCAGUGCAAUAGCCUGGGCUUCCCCUUCACCGCGGCGGAGACCCUGGGCUGGUCCCUCCAGCAGACGAUCUGCAUGCUGAACCACAGCUGCGCCCCCAACCUCGCCAUCUUCUGCGCCGACGACGCGACCGAGCGGGAGGGCGUUUGGCAGUAUUUGACGGGGAAGGAGGCCCGGGCGGGCGCGAAUUCCCCCGAAGAGGACCGCGUGGAGGCCCUUCUCCGCGGCUGCAUGGCGGUCAAGGCCCUGCGCGAUAUCGCCCAAUACGAGGAACUGACAUUGUCCUAUGUGGAUCUCGAACAGCUCGGGGACUUUGUCGAGGAGCGGUCGUUGAAGUUGGAAGAACGGUAUCGUUUUACUUGUGCGUGCUCGCUUUGUCGAGAACAAAGAAGGUACUCGUGGAAAAGGCGGCAGUAG